AGCGGGCGCUACACGUUCAAUUCCAAUAUUUCAUUUUCUGUUAGAAGUUCCUUAAAUUUUUCAGUUUUAGGUAGAAUUUAUCCGCGUUUGAUUUGUUUAUCUUUAUUAUCGUCUCGAAAUCUUGGUUCCCUUUUUUACGGUAAACUUGGUGUAGAUCAAUUGUGUUAAGAACCAAUGGCUCGUACCAAGCAAACUGCUCGUAAAUCGACUGGUGGGAAAGCUCCCAGGAAGCAACUCGCCACCAAAGCUGCCAGAAAGUCUGCUCCGACAACCGGCGGAGUCAAGAAACCCCACCGUUACCGUCCUGGGACUGUUGCACUCCGUGAAAUUCGCAAAUACCAAAAGAGCACUGAGCUGCUGAUCAGGAAGCUACCAUUCCAGCGUUUGGUCCGUGAAAUUGCACAGGAUCUCAAGACUGAUUUGAGGUUUCAGAGCCACGCCGUGCUUGCCCUACAAGAGGCUGCUGAGGCUUACCUCGUGGGUCUCUUCGAGGACACUAACUUAUGCGCCAUCCAUGCCAAGAGGGUUACCAUCAUGCCCAAAGAUAUCCAGCUCGCAAGGCGAAUUCGUGGGGAGCGUGCUUAAGCAAUUUUAUUCAUUAGUAUUAGUGUAAUGUAGUCUUCAUGGUUUCCCCCUCCCCCGAGUAUGACUUCUUGCAUACUAGAACUUUAAUUGAUUUCAUCUGAUGGAUAGAAAAUAUAGUCUUAUGUUUGGGAAUUUUUUUUUUGGUAGAUUAAUAAGUAUCCUUUGUAGUACUUGUUCUGUUCUACAUCUUUGAUUUCAUCUUGUUUUUAAUGUUUAUAA